CCGUUCUUGAAGUGGCUUGAGGAUGCAGAUGAUGACGAAUCUGAGUGAUGGGUGAAUAUGUAGUUCUCAUUUAUGUUUCUGUUUUUACUUUUCUUAUCUUGUCGUUUGCUCGGUGUAACAUACUAGGUUUGCUUAUCAAUUUUUGGUCCAGGCUCCUGUUGAGAAUUUAUAAGCCCCUGUGCUGGUUUAUAAGGCUUCCUGUAAGCUCCACAACUCGUUCUUUCGAUAGUCAUGUCAUCCGCAGCACCUCCAUUUGCUCCACCUCACAUCGAGUCCUCCGUGAAGCGUGUGAGGGUGCUUUUCGGGGGAAAGUAUGUAGUAGACACGAAGCAUGCAAAACUUGUCUGGGAGAAACCUUUCUACCCAAUCUAUUUCUUCUCCACAUCCGACUUGAACCCUUCGUACCUCCGCGAAUCUUCUGAUAACAAAGAGCGUGGAACGAAAGUUUACGACUUGGUCGUCGGUAAACACGAAGCAAGGGACGCUGUGACUGUGUUCACAAAUCAAGCAAGUGACACCAAGGAUUUGGCCGGGUUACUCAAGAUCGAGUUCUCAGCUGCUGAUGCGUGGCUUGAAGAGGAUGAGCGGGUUUACGUUCAUCCCAAGGACCCUUACAAGCGCGUAGACGUAUUACAAUCUUCUCGCCACGUACGCGUCGCGGUCAAUGGUGCCGAACUCGCAUCGACGAAUCGCCCUCGUUUGUUAUUCGAAACGGGGCUUCGAGUGAGGACGUAUAUGCCUCUUACGGAUGUCCACAUCGAGCUUCUCAGGCCGUCUGAUACAGUCACGGAGUGUCCUUACAAGGGGGUAGCAAAUUAUUACAACGUUCAACUGCCGAACGGGGAUGUACACAAGGACGUCGUGUGGUACUACCGUACUGCGCAGCCUGAGUGUGGUCAGAUGACGGGUUACGUCGCUUUCUACGAUGAAAAGGUUGAUGUCUGGGUUGACGGUGAAAAGCAAGAAUGAUUUGUGAGGGUGGUUAGUGAUAAA